GCCUUGAAUGUCUUAACAUCCUGCACAGGUUGCGAGAGACAACAAUUUAGGAUUCGAACAGACAUGGACUCCCCUCCUGAUCAUGUACCAAGGCCUCAAAGUGCAGUGAUAAUUUCAUCAGUUGCUGUGGUUAAUUUCAUUUGGUGGAUGGUUUUACUUGCAGCCAUUGGCUUUGGGGCCAUGCAUUUGCAGAGUUGUCCCGCUGAACCUUAUAUUCCCAUCUAUAUGAUCGUUCUGGGAUCAGCCAGUCUGGUCUCUCUGACUCUGACUUACACCAAAAGCAUUUGGGUGGAUGGCCCUGUGCUUCUGGUGACCACCACAUGUUUGGGUUUGCUGUAUCUCUUUGACUUCUGUUGGUUUAUUGCAGGCUCAGUGUGGGUAUACAGCGUCUAUCCACCCGACUACUCCACUGAAUCUCCUCAUUUCUGCUAUAAACCAUUCUACAUCUUUGCCUUUGUUAUCACCACUCUGGUUUGGGCAUCUGUAGGUUUAAUAUUUAUCUGUGGAUGCUGCUUCUUUGUAUGCACCUGUUGCACAGCUGCAGGAACAGGACAGAGCCUGCUGUCUGGUCGCAUCAAUUUCUAUGGUACAACUUCAACUAGUGAUUAUAGACCUAUCUCUGGUGAUGUGUAA